AUGGGGAACACGGAAGGUUCCCCACCCCGCAAGGAGGGUAUCGACGUGGACGACGUCGUGAUCGACGCGACCGCCGCAGCCACUGGAGACAAGGCACGCGCAACGGUCCAUACUGGGGAAAGGAAACCCAGGACAAGUACGGUCCCCUCGGGAUCCGCGUACUCGUCCCACCACGCCUACGGAGCUCCGAGCACCUACGACACGGCUGCGUGUGUGCCCACAACCGAUCUUGAGGGGACGAGAGGAGUGCGCGGGGAGAUUGAGGGGAACGAGGACCGUGACGAGGCGAGAGGCGCCCCAGAGGAGAUGACGGACGACGGCGCCAGUGCGCUCGACAAUGCGAGCACCUGCGCGGUGCGAGCGGACAGUGAGGAAAUACUGCCGCAAACGGGGCCAUGGGAUGAUGACGCGAUGGAGGCCGACGGAUGA